AUGGAGAUUGAAAAAUCUUAUGCUCAAUAUGCUCAAUAUACAGUCAAAUAAACCAUAGGUAAAGGAGCCUAAGGAAAGUAAUUAAUCAUUCUAUUUAUUAGAGUUAAAUUGGGUUUAGUUGGAAACAAAGAAGUAGCAUUAAAAUUUGUUUAGUUUUCAAAAGAAAUUGAGAAAGAAAUGUAAAUUCAUAGGGGUUUAAAUCAUAAUAAUUUGAUAAAGUUAUUAAAUUUUCAUGCUAAUGAAGAAUACACUAAAAGAAGUGGUAAGAAAGAGAUUAAAUCUUGUUUGGUAUAUGAUUAUAUGAAAGAUGGAGAAUUAUAUGAAUACCUAUCAUAGACUGGACCAUUCAAGGAAGAAACUGCUAGAACUUUCUUCCAAUAACUUAUUGAUGUGUUAUAAUAUUUACAUGGUUAAGGUCUUGCUCAUAGAGAUCUAAAACCUGAAAACAUUUUAUUUAAAGAUGGUCAAUUAAUGGUAUCUGAUCUAGGAUUUGCUACAUUUGUUGGAGGCAAUUAUGGACAUGGAGUUUUAGCCUCUUUUAAGGGUACUAUCAGUUAUAUGGCACCAGAAAUAUUAGUUAGAUAAAAGUAUGUAGGAUAAUGUGUUGAUAUAUUUGCAGCUGGUAUUAUUUUAUAUCUAAUGAUGACUGCUCAAUUGCCAUUUAAAUAAGCAAAUGCUAAAGAUUAAUUGUAUAAUCUAAUUUGUACUAAUCGAUUUGAUUAAUUUUGGGCUUACAAAGAGAAAUCUGGUAUCCCAAGAUUUUCUAAUGAAUUUAAAAUACUUAUUAAUUCUAUGUUAGCCUUUGAUCCAUUACAAAGACCUACCCUUUCUGAAAUUAUAAACAGUUCUUGGUACCAAGGAAUUACCAUUAAUAAUGAAAUCCUUAUUAAAUUACUUAAUUCACGUAAAUUAAAAAUCCAAUCAUAAUAAAAUAAAGAAAACUUAUAGAAAAUGCUUGACAAAUAAAAAAUAUAGGCAGCAGACUAAAAUUAACAAUGUAUGUGAUCCAACUCUAAUCUAGUGACUGUUGGAAUUGGAAAUUUUAAUAGAGGAGAGGAAGACAUAACUAUUGAUGUAACAUUAAAAAGAGAAUUAAAAAGAUUUAAAUAGACAGAUAUAAUUCUUCCAUUUGAACCUAAUUUUAUAUUUGCUAAGCUAAUUGAAAAUAAGAACAAAUUUGCCAAUAAGAUUAGUUUUGUCGAUAAUUUAAAAUAUAAAGUAUCUUAAUUAUUAAUAAAUUAGCUUCAUUAUUGGUUUUUAUAAAAUAAUGAAGAAUUUGAAAUGGCUAUAUAGUUAGUUUAAGGACCAAUUGAAUCUACUAUAGGGAUUGAUUUCUAAUUAAUUAAUGGAAAUGGAUUGGAAUUUUAUUAAAAAAAAUAAUAAAUAGAAGACAUGCUAUUAUAAAUCGAAUGA